GCAUGACGGCCUCCAUAAGAACACAAGCUCCUCAGCUGAGACUUCAACACAGUGUAAUCUAACAUGCCUGAUCCGGUUAAAUCAGCGCCCAAGAAGGGCUCCAAAAAAGCCGUCUCCAAGGCCCCCGGCAAGCCGGGCAAGAGAAGAAAGAAGGGAAGGAAGGAGAGCUACGCCAUCUACGUGUACAAGGUGCUGAAACAAGUGCACCCUGAUACCGGAAUCUCCUCCAAGGCAAUGAGCAUCAUGAACUCGUUCGUCAAUGACAUCUUCGAGCGCAUCGCUUCGGAGGCUUCUCGUUUGGCUCUCUACAACAAACGUUCCACCAUCUCAUCCAGAGAGAUCCAAACCGCUGUGAGACUCCUGCUACCCGGCGAGUUGGCCAAGCACGCCGUGUCCGAGGGCACCAAGGCGGUCACCAAGUACACCAGCUCCAAGUAAAACACCCCGCUUUGGUGUGCAACAAAACGGCUCUUUUAAGGGCCAUCCAAAUCAUUUCGAAAGAGUUUGACUUCCGUCAAUUCUCAUGCUCACAGGAUAUCAAACAAAUAUACAAAUUGUUAAGCUUACUUAGAUAUUUGUUUAAUAUGUAUUAUAUAUAUAUAUUAAUGUUUAUUUUACUGUAUUAUAUACACAAUUAAAAAAUGCGGACCUGA